CUUUUUAGUGGAGACGAUGCUUAUGGAUGGCUGAUUAGGGUUGAGCGCUAUUUCAAACUCAACCAUGUGGCAGAAGAGGAUAAAGUAGAAAUAAUCUUGAUAGCCAUGGCCGGAAAAGCUCUGAACUGGUACCAAUGGUGGGAUGAACAGACUGAUGACCAUUCUUGGGUUAACUUCAAAGAUGCUUUGUUCCGGCGUUUUCAACCUGCCUUAGUGCAGAAUCCGUUUGGUCCUAUGCUCAGUAUUAGGCAAACUGGUUCUGUAAUGGAAUACCAGGAUCACUUUGAAAUGGUUGUAGCUCC